GAGGCUGAAGGUUUUAUCAGGUGUUAUCAGCGUGGCCGCUCUGCACAGGUAUAAAGGUGAGAACUGAGGGGUGGACCUUCCAAAUAAGGAUGGAGGGACUCCAGGUGCUGCUUCUGUUCGUCAUGUUUCUGAGCGCCACACAGGGGCAGAGCACCUCCUCCUCUGUGACGCUGUCGACCAUGAACCUGACCAGCGCUGCAGCUAAUGGAAGCAGCCAGUCGACAGCAGCCCCCCCGCAGGGUAACCCGUCCCCCGCUCCAUCAAACACCUCCAGCAGCAGCUCUCUGAGCUCCAUCAGUCCUCCUCCUGCCUCCUCCAACCAUCCGUCCAUCACCGUCUCCUCUCACUCGGACGCCCCCUCCUCUGCGGUGACUCAGACCUCCACAGCUACCACCCAGAGCAGCGCUGCAACCCCCCCGGCCCCCAGCCCGACCACCGGAGGAUCUGUCUGUGUGUCUGGAGGCUGCAGGGUGACCCUGCUGCUGCUGGCUGCUUCCUGCAUCCUGAUGCAGCGUAGCCACGCCUGAACCCGCUACUUCCCUCCAUCUGUAAAGGUUAAAACCCCCCAGGAGGCUUCAGAGAAGCUCCUGAUCAGCGGUGAAGUGCUCUGAUGCACUGAGCUCUCCACUGGUGGAAUCUGAAUGAUAAAGAUUCCCUCAGAAAUGACCUGAAAUGAUGGAAAUCUGUGUUUUUAUGAGCAAUAAAAAGUUAACCGGC